UAUCUAUCCCUACUCGGUAAACGAACUGCAAUACGACGCUCCAUCCUCAGCAUUAUUUUCGGCAUCUCUGUUCUCUACACUCUUCCAAUCUAUGCCCAAACAUACAUCUCUUCCACCGUAUGGAUAGUGCCGGAUGGUAACACUGCGGACCUUUCCAAAACCUAUACCAAGGGUAUAACUCUUCAGGUUACUUGGUACCAAGUUCCAGAGGGUCAUCAAUUCCAAACUCUAUCAAUCCGUGGGUUACGGCCUGGGAUUAUGACACAACGCAGUUCAGCCAGCUGCUCACAGAGUGGAACCUAUGACUGGACCAUCGCAAUAUCAGUGAGUAUUUUGAGCAAAGAUGCGAAAUAUGUCCCCCAAUUCAAGGAUCUCAAUUCAGUAUAUGAUUCCAGUUCUCAAGAAAUACCAAGCACCGGAUUCUGGGUCAUUAAUGGAGCCUCUUCAUCGGCUUUGACAGCAUCUCCUACGCCAAUACACUCGAUGCAGGAGCCAUAUUAA